GAAAAGGUUGAGAAGUAAAGGGAAGGGAAGAGGUCACCGGAGAGCGAAAGAGACUGCGAGGAAGAGGACGAAAAGGAGUUGAAAGAGAGACGAGAUCAAUGACUCUGGGUCUGAUCAAUGCUAACCCAAUCGUCCACGCUAAGAAGGAAAGGGUCGCCCGAUGCGAAGAUCCCCACUGCGACGACGCCGUCGAUCCACUCGAUAUCUAUGAUUUCGUGAGGGAUAUUAGAGAUCCGGAGCACCCGUAUUCACUGGAGCAGCUCAGUGUAUUGUCGGAGGAAUCAAUUACAGUGGAUGAUAAGCUUGGUCGCAUCCUGAUUACAUUCACCCCAACCAUUCAGCAUUGCAGCAUGGCGACUGUAAUUGGUCUAUGCCUUAGAGUGAAGCUACAAGAAUGUUUCCCUCCUCAUUACAAGGUUGACAUAAAAGUUUCCCCUGGAUCUCAUGCAGAUGAAGAAGCAGUGAAUAAGCAGUUAAAUGACAAGGAAAGAGUUGCUGCUGCCUUAGAGAAUCCUAAUCUCCGCCAACUCGUCGAUGAGUGUCUUUACUCAAAUGAGCUGUGAGCCUGUGACCCUACAAAUAUUGAUGGAACUUAAACUGCCUUCUAAAAGUUGUUGUACAGAGUAACUCCUGAGGCCUGAAUGCUGAUAAGUUGUAGUGUAGUGUAGCGUUAGCGUGUAACUACUGAAGAUGAAUGAUGUUAAAGUUGUGGCAUAGUAUAACUACCAAGCAUGAUUACUGCUAAGUUUUAGAACCGUGUUUUAACUACUGAAUAUGAAUGCUGUUAAGUUGUGAUGCAGUGCUUUUAUCUU